GAAAAAUGGAGGAUUGUGUGGUUUCCUGCAAUUUCCGCUCUUAUAAUUAUCAACUCGAUUCGACCGCACACACCCUAAUGAAAAUCAUCAGUUUAGCUUUAGCACCAAAACCUUGGAAACAAAUGCAGAACAUUUGCUCCUUUGAUCAAUAAUCCCGAAAUCCUGUUCAUGGUGGUGGACUAACUCGGCCUUCAAUCCAAUCUAUCAGCGGUAUUCAGCUCCAAUUUCAUUCCCUAAACCUGGAUUUUCGCUUGUCAAUCAAUUGAGAAAAUCCCUAAAAUUGCGUCAUCAAUUUUACCCUAAGAAUGAGCAGCGGGCCGAAGAAGAGGAAUUUUCAGAUUGAAGCUUUCAAGCACAAAGUGGUGGUGGAUCCCAAGUAUGCCGAAAAGACUUGGAAGGUUUUAGAGGAUGCUAUUAAAGAGAUUUACAAUCAUAACGCUAGCGGGCUUAGUUUUGAAGAACUAUACAGAAAUGCUUACAAUAUGGUAUUACAUAAAUUCGGGGAGAAGCUAUAUUCUGGACUUGUGUCGACAAUGACACUCCAUCUUCAGUCAAUGUCCAAAUCUAUAGAAGAUGCCCAAGGUGCUUCGUUCCUGGAUGAACUUAAUGCCAAAUGGAACGAUCACAAUAAAGCAUUGCAAAUGAUCCGUGACAUACUAAUGUAUAUGGACAGGACAUUCAUCCCAAGCACCCAUAAGACCCCUGUUCAUGAGCUCGGGCUAAACCUCUGGAGGGACUAUGUCAUUCACUCUAGUAAAAUCCAGUCAAGGCUUUUAAACACCAUUCUUGAACUGAUACAGAGGGAACGCACAGGUGAAGUCAUCAACAGAGGGCUUAUGAGAAACAUUAUCAAAAUGCUAAUGGAUUUGGGACCUUCAGUCUACCAAGAAGAUUUUGAGAAACCAUUUCUUAACGUUUCUGCUGAUUACUAUCGGGCAGAAUCUCAGGAAUAUAUUGAGUGUUGUGAUUGUGCGGACUACCUGAAGAAAGCUGAAAGGCGUUUAAAUGAAGAGAUUGACAGGGUAUCACAUUACUUAGACACAAAGACUGAACCUAAGAUAACCAAUGUUGUAGAAAAGGAGAUGAUAGCCAACCAUAUGCUUAGAUUGGUUCAUAUGGAGAACUCAGGGCUGGUAAAGAUGCUUCUGGAUGAUAAAUCUGAAGACUUGGCAAGGAUGUACAACUUAUUCCGUCGUGUUUCAGAUGGCCUCUCCACAAUUAGGGAUGUUAUGACGUCCCACAUCAGAGAUACAGGCAAACAGCUUGUUACUGAUCCAGAGAAAUCGAAGAAUCCAGUGGAGUUUGUUGAGACACUCCUUGAGAAAAGGGAUAAGUAUGAUAAAAUCAUAAGCUCGGCAUUCAGCAAUGACAAGACAUUCCAGAAUGCCUUGAGUUCUUCAUUUGAGUAUUUCAUCAAUUUAAAUCCUCGUUCUCCGGAGUACAUAUCUUUGUUUGUGGAUGAUAAGCUACGCAAAGGGCUGAAGGGAGUGAAAGACGAGGAUGUUGAGCUUAUUCUUGAUAAGGUGAUGAUAUUGUUCCGUUACCUUCAGGAGAAAGAUGUUUUUGAGAAAUACUACAAACAGCACUUGGCAAAGAGGCUCCUGUCUGGAAAAACAGUAUCGGAUGAUGCAGAAAGAAGUCUCAUUGUCAAACUUAAGACUGAAUGUGGGUAUCAGUUUACAUCAAAAUUGGAAGGGAUGUUUACAGAUAUGAAGACGUCUCAGGACACUAUGCAAGGGUUUUAUGCUGCCUGCGGUGCUGAGCUGGGGAAUGGCCCGACAUUAGUCGUCCAAGUUUUGACUACUGGGUCGUGGCCUACUCAAUCCACCAACACUUGCAACCUUCCAGCUGAGCUGUCAACUCUCUGCGAGAAGUUUCGGUCAUAUUACCUGGGGACUCAUACAGGUAGGAGAUUGACCUGGCAGACAAAUAUGGGAACAGCUGAUCUGAGAGCAACCUUUGGGAAUGUACACAAGUAUGAGUUGAAUGUUUCGACUUAUCAAAUGUGUGUUUUAAUGCUGUUCAACAAUACCGAACAUCUUAGCUACAAGGAGAUUGAGCAGGCCACAGAGAUUCCAUCUUCUGACUUGAAACGGUGCCUGCAGUCCUUAGCUUGCGUAAAAGGGAAAAAUGUGCUUCGUAAAGAGCCCAUGAGCAAGGAUAUCGGAGAGGAUGAUGCAUUUUCUGUUAAUGACAAUUUCACCAGCAAACUUCGAAAGGUUAAAAUAGGAACUGUGAUUGCACAAAAAGAAUCUGAGCCAGAGAAGCAAGAGACAAGGCAGAGGGUGGAGGAAGAUAGGAAGCCCCAGAUUGAGGCUGCAAUAGUCAGAAUCAUGAAAUCGAGGAGGGUACUGGAUCAUAAUAAUAUCAUUGCUGAGGUGACAAAACAAUUGCAGUCACGGUUCCUGGCCAACCCCGGGGAGAUCAAGAAACGAAUUGAAUCCCUUAUAGAGCGAGAUUUCUUGGAAAGGGAUAAUGCUGAUAGACGAUUAUACCGGUAUCUUGCGUGAAAUUUUUCUCCAGUAUUUCCAGCAAUCCCAUUGAAAACACAAAUAUCACACUACAACACUUUCAGGCAAUGUCGGCCCGAGUCACUGCGCAGAGACCGUCCUCAUCUUCAUCAUAAACCACUGACUGUACUUCAAUGGAGUUUCAGGUUGGUUUGACGUUUGCAUAUACCAAUAUCCUCUGUAAACAUGUUCAUAGGUUGUUUUGUGUUGGUGGUUUUGCUGUGUUGGUUAUUGAGAAGGAGUGUUUUGAAUAGAGCUAAAUCUGGAACAUCAGAUUUUGAUCCAACAGUAGCUUGUCAAACUAUACUGUUUACAGAAUAUACAACUACUACUCCA